UAUGAACAUGGGUCACUAAGGCUGCCUGUCACAUGAAGGUGCAGGAUGUCCCAGAGCAGGUAGGACCAGGACUGAUGUGGCAGCUUCAGGGAGACGCAUUUCAGCUCAGUGAGAAAGAACUGUCUGCUCCACGAGAAGGGGACAGAUGGAAUCUGAGCCCGUCUCGCUCCCUCUGCAUGACCGUGCUCAGAGCCAGCAGAAGGGGCCUCUUCAAGCUGAUUGUGUCACUCUCUUUUACUCCAGGACAGUUCACUGCUGCUCAUUUACCCACUAAAUAAAGCCCGAAUCACUGGCCUGGCGUUUGAGACCCUCCCAGACAUGAACCUGUCUCAUCCAGGAUUAUGUUCCUCCCCCAUUACUCUUCCUGACCCAAAUGGGCCAAUCGCUCUUCCUCAAGCAGGUCUUGCACUUUGCUGUCACAGAGCCUCACCUCUGCACAAUCUCAUCUCUGUUUAUACCUUUAAGCACCCUCUUCCACCUCCCCUUGUCACUCCUUCCACUACUGCAAGUCCCAGCUCCAAGGUCACUGCCUCCAUGAAGCCACCAGUCAGAAGGCCUCGCUCCCUCUUCUGUCUCCUAUGGCACCUUACUUGGUACCUCUCUCAGGACACAGACCACUUUCUUCCCAGCAGUAGGGUCAGGUAUGUAUGUGGCUCAUCCUCCACAUAAGGCCAGAUUUCUGAGAAGAGCAACCUGCUCUUGUUCAUCCUCUCAUCCAGCGUGCAGCUCGGCACCAGCAUCCAGUGGUUGUUUCUAGAUGCUCCUCAGUGUGGAAACUGAAUGCCUUCUUCAUUCCCAGUGGCUCUUCUUUUUGCAUUUAUGUCUUAUUUGAUGCUGUUAUACCUCCAAUUCCAAUUCGCUCCUUCAGAUAGCACUGUGAGUUAGGAAGGACAGUUAGCUUCACUCUCUCUUACAUAAGAAGAAACUGAGGCUUAGAGAGUUGAGGGGACAUUCAAGAUCACGUGACAAAAGUAACAAAAUUCACCCAGAAUCCAGUUCACACCUUCACCACUGACAUGUUCUCAUUUCCUCUCAGUGUCCAGCAGGGCAACCACCCUCACUGCCUGCUGUGGACACCGCGCAAGGCAGAGUCCUGGGGAAAUACGUCAGCUUAGAAGGUUUUGCACAGCCUGUGGCCGUUUUCCUGGGAGUCCCUUUUGCCAAGCCCCCUCGUGGAUCCUUGAGGUUUGCUCCGCCGCAGCCUGCAGAACCAUGGAUUUUCGUGAAGAAUACCACCUCUUACCCUCCCAUAGUGACUUCUCAUGGUUUUUGGAAGUAUCCCAUGGACUGGAACACCUGGUUUACCUGGUAGAGGAACGUGGUCACCCCGCACUCACUAUGCAGAGCCCAGCAGAGAGUCAGCCGCGACCAGGACAUGCAGAAAAUGAUCCAUUCCCAGGCAUGUUCUCCCAAGACCCAGUGGCAGGGCAAGUGAUCUCAGAGCUCUUUACCAACAGAAAGGAGAACAUUAAUCUCAGGUUUUCCGAAGACUGUCUUUACCUAAAUAUUUACACUCCUGCUGACUUGAGGAGGAGAAGCAGGCUGCCGGUAAGCAAUGGGAACAAAUGGUCAAGGCUGGUGUAGACUGG